UUAUUUGCAACACCCGGUCGGUGGCAGUGUUCAGCUGACUGGCAGAGUCUCGGCAUUGGUCUCACAGCAAGACGCAUUUUGUAGCAGUAGAACGCAACUGACAGCGAGCGGGGGAGGACGUAGCCAAGCAGUCUACCAACCUACCAGUCCGCCGCCCAGAAAUACGAUUUCUAUCAUUAUUCGUAUGCAUAUCUGUUGUCUAAAACAGGGAGGACGUAUUCGUUUGCUGAGCAAUAUCGAGCUCAACAAAGCAACACUUUAAUCAUAGAUAAUAUUUAAUAAUAGAGGAAUAGUCAUAAUCUGACAAGAAGACAUGGCCACGACAACCUGUACGCGAUUUACAGACGAAUUUCAGCUCUAUGAGGAACUUGGAAAGGGAGCCUUCUCAGUGGUACGUCGGUGUGUCAAGUUGUGCUCGGGUCAGGAGUACGCUGCCAAAAUAAUCAACACCAAAAAACUCAAUGCAAGAGAUCACCAGAAGCUGGAGAGAGAAGCGCGAAUCUGUCGCCUGCUCAAACACUCCAACAUCGUGCGUCUUCAUGACAGCAUAUCAGAAGAAGGCUUCCACUACCUCCUCUUUGACUUGGUGACUGGUGGAGAGCUGUUUGAAGACAUCGUGGCUAGAGAGUAUUACAGCGAGGCCGAUGCCAGUCAUUGCAUCCAGCAGAUCCUGGAGGCGGUGCUUCACUGCCAUCAAAUGGGCGUGGUGCACCGUGACCUGAAGCCAGAGAACCUGCUUCUGGCUAGCAAGUGCAAGAAUGCAGCAGUGAAACUGGCAGACUUUGGGCUGGCCAUCGAGGUGCAAGGAGACCAGCAGGCCUGGUUCGGAUUUGCUGGGACACCAGGUUAUCUUUCCCCAGAGGUUCUUAGAAAGGAGGCAUAUGGCAAACCUGUGGACAUCUGGGCCUGUGGUGUGAUUCUUUACAUCCUGCUGGUGGGUUAUCCCCCUUUCUGGGAUGAGGACCAGCACAAACUCUAUCAGCAGAUCAAAGCUGGAGCAUAUGACUUCCCCUCCCCUGAAUGGGACACCGUCACCCCAGAGGCCAAGAACCUCAUCAAUCAGAUGCUCACCAUCAACCCUGCCAAGAGGAUCACCUCCCAGGAGGCACUUAAACACCCAUGGGUCUGCCAACGGUCUACAGUGGCCUCCAUGAUGCACAGGCAGGAGACUGUGGAGUGCCUUAAGAAGUUCAACGCCAGAAGGAAACUUAAGGGGGCCAUUCUCACUACCAUGCUGGUGUCCAGGAACUUCUCUGUGGGUCGUCAGACCACAGCCCCUGCAGCCCUCACGGCCGCUGCUGCUGCCGUCUCCGCGGCAGCUGGCACCACCGCGGGGCUGGUGGAGCAAGCCAAGAGUUUGCUAAACAAAAAGGCUGAUGUCAAGAAAAGGAAGUCCAGCGCCACUGUCCAGUACAUGCCCCAGUCAAACAGCACGAAAAACAGCAUAGUCACCAGCCCCAAAGGAAACCUUCCUUCUCCUGCUCUGGAAGCUCAGACCACUGUGAUCCAUAAUCCAGUGGAUGGGAUUAAGGAGUCGUCAGACAGCAGCAAUGCCACUGUGGAGGAUGAGGAUGUGAAAGCCAAUGGUAAGCAGGCUCCCAGAGUGUUCUGCAACAGGAAUGACAUAUUAGGGAAGAGUGUAGAUAGCGUAAGAGGCCAGUCCAGCACCAGCUCCCUGACCGACAACACUCCUGCCCAGGGCCCCUCCCCAGCCGUCUUCUCGGCCACCAAGUUCUCGGACCUGCUAGGUUGUGUGCGGCGUGGCUCAGGACCACCGAUGGCCGACGGCGAAGGGGUUGCUGGGACGCCUCCAGCGGUCCUCUCCACCCCUUCCCCACCCCCUCCCGCCUCUGCCAUGCAGAUGAGCCACCUGACUGACGUCCUGAGCAGCAUGAGACGGGCGCCCCCAGCCCCGGUCCAGCCCCCGCCCCCGCACUCCCACCCGGAGCCAGAGGGGGCGCCCUCUCCCCGCACCGCCCCUGCCGGUGCCCACUCUUCCCCCCCGCCCCCCAUGCCCCCCCCUUCUGGCACCUCCUCGGGCGCCCAGUCACGCAAGCAGGAGAUUAUCAAGAUUACUGAGCAGCUGAUCGAAGCCAUCAACAAUGGAGAUUUCGAGGCCUAUGCGAAGAUCUGUGACCCCGGACUGACCUCGUUCGAGCCGGAGGCGCUGGGCAACCUGGUGGAGGGCAUGGACUUCCACCGGUUCUACUUUGAGAACCUGCUGUCUAAGAACAGUAAGCCCAUCCACACCACCAUCCUAAACCCACACGUGCACCUGAUUGGAGAGGAUGCCGCCUGCAUCGCCUACAUCCGCCUGACGCAGUACGUGGAUGGCCAGGGCCGGCCCCGCAGCAGCCAAUCAGAGGAGACCAGGGUGUGGCACCGCCGCGACUCCAAGUGGCAGAACGUCCACUUCCACUGCUCGGGGGCUCCUGCAGCACCGCUCCAGUGAAGGGCCAGAUCUCCUGUAGCCACAUCAGAGAGUCCAGUCAGAGAGAGUGAUGAAGAUCAGGACAAGGGAGUGUGAGUCCAGUGUUGGGUGGUUCUGAGCCGCUAGUGCCUGACCGUCCCGCACUGGGGAAAACCCCCCCUCCUUACCCAGCAUGCACUUGUCUUUACCACGUCUCAUGUCCCGAAUCCCGCCCUGUCCCCCCUCCCAAUUGACUCCCCACUUACCCCCUUGGCCUCCUCGGUAACCCCUCCCCACCCCUGGCCUCCUCGGUAACCCCUCCCCACCCCUGGAAGUGUAUCAUCGCCACCACCAUUACUAUCACACCACCACCAUCAUCAGACCAUCUUUGCCAAAACA